AUGACAAGUUCUAAAGGUACUCCAGCUACGGCAUCCGUGGCUGCAAGGCUUAUGGAUGCGGUUGUGUAUGAAAGCUAUGGUGGAGGGCCUGAUGGUUUAAAGCAUGUUAAGGUUCCAAUCCCCAGUCCUAAGAAAGAUGAGGUUUUGCUGAAACUGGAAGCGGCUAGCCUGAACGCAUCUGACUGGAAAAUUCAGAAAGGCGUGUUUCGGCCUCUUUUGCCACAAAAAUUCCCUUUCAUACCUGCUGUUGAUGUGGCUGGAGAGGUUGUAGAGGUUGAACAAGGAGUUGAAAAAUUUAAAGAGGGUGACAAAGUUGUGGCAAUGCUCAACUUUAUAAAUGGAGGUGGAUUAGCUGAGUUUGCUAUAGCUAGUGAGACAUUUAUAACAUCUGCUAGGCCCCCAGAAGUUUCAGCAGCUGAAGGUGCAGGCUUGCCUAGUUCUGGCCUCACAGCUCACCAGGCUCUCACCAAAGCUGCAGGGAUCAAGCUUGAUGGAACUGGCCAGCUCAAGAACAUACUGAUCACCGGCGCCUCUGGUGGCGUCGGGCACUAUGUAGUCCAGCUAGCCAAGCUUGGAAACACUCAUGUUACUGCCACUUGCGGUGCUCGUAAUGUUGACAUUGUCAAGAGCCUAGGGGCAGAUGAGGUUCUUGACUACAAGACCCCUGAUGGGGCUGCUCUCAAGAGCCCAUCCGGUCGAAAAUAUGAUGUUGUGAUCCACUGUGCAUCAGGAGGCAUUCCUUGGUCGACUUUCGAGCCGAAUUUGAGUGCAAAUGGGAAGGUUAUAGACCUUACUUCCAGGCCAAGUACCUGGAUCACUAUUGUUCUACAGAGACUCAGCUUCUCCAGGAAACAGCUGGUGCCAUUGAUCAUAAAUCCCAAAGGUGAGAAUCUGGACUAUCUUGUUGAGUUGAUGAAGGAAGGAAAGCUCAAGACUUUGAUUGACUCAAAGCACCAUCUGAGCGAGGCUGAAGAUGCUUGGGCUAGGAAAACUGAUGGCUAUGCUAUUGGGAAGAUCAUUGUGGAGACUUAG